GAAGCUUAGUUUAAUUUAUCUCCCAAGCGCGUUUCGCACGUCAAUUUAUCAAGCGUGAACCAUCGCGAAAACUAGUGUUAUUUUGAUUUGUGGGUGAUUAAAUUAACAGUAUAUAUAAAUUAAGUUCUAAGGACUAAGAUCUCCAGAUGUUAUUUGAAAGUGUAAACCCAAUUGUUCCUAUUUUAAAUUGAUUACUUACUAUUUCACAUUCUUCAAUGUUUUCUAAGGAUGUGAUUAAAAUUAUAUAUCGAUAAGAUAAAAUAUUGAAACGUUAAGUUUCGUCAAAUAAGAUAUGUACUUAAUACAACGUUUAGAAAUAGUUUAUUUCUCAUGAGCCAUCUGUAUAAUGUGAAUCGAAGUUGAAAGUUUUCAAUUUACCUAUAAAUCUCUUAAAUUCCUAAACAUUGCUUUUAGACGAAUUUAUUUUAUUUUUAUCAUGAAUUCUUAUUCUUAGACGAGAUUUGUUUAAGUCUAGUCUUUCACGUGUCAGGAAGCAUAAAGAAAAAUGUGUUGGAUCAAAGUGAUGUUUGUUAUGAUUAUAGUAAUUCAAUUGGAAAUCGUUCAAAACAAGGCUAGUGCUGAUAACACUUCGACGACAGAAAUAAUUAACAUUAGCACGUCUGUUCCCACACACAAAUGUGAUGGAAUAAAAGCGGCAGGAUGUCUCAAUGGAACUAUUCUUAAUUUAAGUUUAACAUAUCAUCCCUCAAAGCUGACCAAAUGGCUGGUUAACAGUGUAGGAUCAAAGAACUGUUGCAAAGUUGAAGUUUUCGAUAAUGUUUUAAUUGUUGACAUGAGCUGUAAUUAUUCUUCCUGUAUUUAUAAUGUUUCAACAGUUGAGGGAAACGGUCUAGAUUUUCUGAUAAAAGGAUCAAAAUUCGUAGAAAUGGAUGUCGGAGUAUGUCCCGAAACAAGCGAACUUUGCGUCAACUACGGCAACACUUUUAACAUGAGUUUGGGAGAAGAAUGUCCAUACUUCCAAAACUAUUCCAUAAAUACCAUGCUAAAUGAUAAUAAAACAAAUAAGUCUUACCUCUAUUUGAAUAUAACUUUGGAUGUUGUUGAUAAAAGCAUCUUCACUGUGGAAGUGAUGUCAAAAUAUGAAGAUGAAAAUUGUAAGCUUACGUCGAGUAGGAAUUUUUACAAUGCCACUGACGAAAUUAUUAUACCGAAAGCACUAAUGGAUUAUGAUAUUAUACCCAACUGCGAUCUUGAUAUUGUUAUAGAGUUUCAUGAGACUGAUGACUGUGUCGUCACUUACAAGGUACCAUCAGAAAUAGAAGGAUAUUGUGACGAGGGGCAUAAACCAAUUUCGAAAAUUUUAAGUGUUGAACCACACGAUGAUAACAAGUUCAAAAUUCAUUGGGAUCCAGGUACUAAAGCGGCGAAUAAUAAACCUUAUCACCUAACAAAAGUCAACUUUUUUUAUUCAUCAGCGGAAAUCUUUUCUAUGCUUGUUGAAUUUGUCGGAAAACCUAAUAUAAACUCGGAUACAGCUAUAGUGAUUAUGAAAGUGUUCGAAAAUGAAAAUUACACUUUACAUGGAACAUUUAUAAAUAAUUAUACUUGUUUGGGCGAAGAUAAAUUUUACUUUACAGCUCCUCCUCGUCAAAGUUUUCAUCUUAUGUUCUUCGUCGUUUUGACCCUUGUUUUAGUCGUGAUGGCCUACUUGCAUAAACAUAUUUUAAAAUAUGUGAAAAAGUUACUAGGAUUGAUAAUUCCUAGAUACAGAUACACAUUUCACCAAGAUGAUGUUGCUUUACAGCCGUUACAAAACAGUAAUUUUGUUCCCAUGAGCAUCAACACUCAAUACACUCCAAUCGAAUUUUUGAGAGGAGAUUUCGAUGAAUUUGAAAUUCCCCGAAAUAAGAUAAUUAUUAAAGAAAUCAUCGGAAUGGGAGCUUUUGGUAGAGUGUAUUCAGCUAAAGCUCUGGAAAUUGGAGGAUGUGAAGGUUACCAAAUGGUGGCGGUAAAAACUUUAGGAGAAGGAGAACAAAUAACAAGAGAAGCAGCUGAUGAUUUUAAGGCAGAAAUAGAAAUUUUCAAAAAAAUUGGUAAACACCCGAAUAUUGUUUCUCUUCUCGGUUGCUGUACUUUGGAAACACCCUGUAUGAUGGUAAUGGAAUUGGUACCAUGCGGUGACCUCAAAAAAUAUCUCCUGGAGUUGCGAGAACAAUGGUUUGCGGAAAAAAAUAAACAAGUAUUUUUCCCAGACAGUGACAACAGUGAUGGAGCGUAUAUUGAACCACCAAGUCCUACCAGUGUUACUUCUGUAACCACAAGCAGGUUACCAUCAACUUCCGAAACUGUCUUUACUACUUUGGAAGACCCCUUGACCCCGCUCCUCGCAAACUACAAGCAUGCCCUUGAGAAGGUCCUGGACCACAAGGAGCUCCAAAACUUCGCUCUCCAAAUCGCCAGAGGUAUGGCUCAUCUUGAGAAAAUCCCCAUAACUCAUCGCGACCUCGCCGCUCGCAACAUCCUAAUCAACGAAUUUAAAACUUUAAAAAUCUCCGAUUUCGGAAUGUCCCGAAGUGGUGUUUACAUCAACCAAAGGACGAAAAAGCUUCCCUUGCGCUGGAUGGCUCUUGAAGCCAUCAUCAACCAGAAAUACGAUAGUAAAAGUGACGUUUGGUCUUUCGGUGUAGUAUUGUGGGAAAUCGGGACUCUAGGAGCUUUCCCUUACGAAAACGUACAGGAUUCGAUGAUUCAGCAUUUCUUGCAAAUGGGAAGAAGGUUGGAAAGGCCGGAGAUUUGCACCGAUGAACUCUAUUCGUUGAUGAAGCAGUGUUGGGCCACGGAUCCGAACCAGAGACCCACGUUUCAAGAAUUGGUCAGUGCGCUGGAUGUGAAAGCGAAAAAAGUUUAUGUGAACUUUAAACAACUUAAUCCGUAUUAUGUUUUUCCACCGAGUGAUGCACUUGUGGUUAAAGAAGUGCCGAUUACUAUUAAAAAAAAGACACUUGCAGAGAAAGAAGUAGAAGAAGAAGAAGAAGAAGAGAUGGAGGAAAAAGAAGAGACAAACCGGCCAUAAUUGUGAUUUGUUUAUGUGUGAUACAACAAAACAAAAUACAUCUAAUUAGUUUCAUAAUUAGUUGCCAUUUUUUAACUCGAGCUUUAACGUGAAAAAAAGAUAAAUUAAUGAUAAAAUAAGUAAUUUAUUAUUAGUAAUAAAAAAAAAAUGAGGAAUUUAAUAAAAAAUACUUUCUCAGUAAUUAAUAUUCAUUUCAACAAUUAUAAUUAUUUUAUUUUCAAACAAAAACAAAAUUUACUGUACAAGGUGAAUACAGGUUGUCCCAGCAAYUUGAAAAGUCCAUAAUGACCUUUAAAUGGUAAAAUUAAAAAAAUUGUAUAGGACAUUGAUAGAUACUCAACUAGUGCAUCACCUAAAAUUAUUUUCAACCAUACAGCA